AGCACGCGGUCGAGAUUCUACCUUGUCGGACGUGUUAUAUCUGGCGUGCGUAAGAGUGAGACGGAUAGCGAAAACGAGACUCGUAGCAUCGGUGAACGUCAGCGCGUUGCCAACGGCAAAGGGCAACAACCACACCGUGAACACAGAGUAUGGCGUGCUGUUAGCCAAGGCCAGGUCGAAUCGUACAUUUUCAAUCGACAUUGACCUUGUUUGCUUCUCUCCCGCGACCCACGAGAAUUUUCAACCGAUACACGUGCGCGUUUUGCUGUAAUGUUUCUGGUUGAUUAGCGUUAGCUCGUUCGAUCCGUGCCGAGUUUGCGUGUGCCCUUUACCGUGAAUCGUGUCCGAGGAUGGAACGACGAAGAUUACCGGAUGCCAUGUUGGUGCUGGUCAGAGCAGCUGUUCUAGCAGCUGUCUUGGGUCUGUUCCUGGGAUCGAGCCAUGCAAGUCGGCCUGCCGGUGCGCAUCCCGGCCACGCGUACUACGAGCAACCUUGCUGCGGACGCUCUCACCUCAGGCAUCAUAAAGAACACGUGAGGGAGUUCAGCUGCGGGAUGCUGUAUUACAGGACCCUGUACCUGGACAGCAAGAGGGACGCCCUAUACGUUGGCGCGAUGGACAAAGUGUUCAGGCUGAAUUUGAGCAACAUCAGUCAUUCCAACUGCGAGAGGGACGCGCUUCAUCUGGAGCCGAGCAACGUGGCAAAUUGUGUGUCCAAAGGGAAAUCAGAGCACUUCGACUGCCGGAAUCACAUAAGGGUGAUCCAGCCAAUGGGGGAUGGAAAUCGGCUGUACAUGUGCGGCACGAACGCCCACUCGCCUAAGGAUUGGGUGAUUUAUAGCAAUCUGACCCAUUUACCUCGCCACGAGUUCGUCCCGGGCGUGGGAAUGGGCAUAGCGAAGUGUCCUUACGAUCCUGCGGACAAUUCGACGGCCGUGUGGGUGGAAAAGGGGAAUCCUGGGGACCUGCCAGCUCUUUAUUCCGGAACCAACGCCGAAUUCACGAAAGCCGAUACCGUAAUCUUCCGCACGGAUCUGUACAAUUUAACGACCGGUCGGAAGGCGUUCAGCUUCAAGAGGACGUUGAAGUACGACUCGAAAUGGUUGGACAAACCUAAUUUCGUGGGAUCUUACGACAUCGGCAGCCACGUAUUCUUCUUUUUCCGCGAGACGGCCGUGGAAUACAUAAAUUGCGGGAAAAGUGUGUAUUCCCGCGUGGCGAGAGUUUGCAAAAGGGACACCGGCGGCAAAAAUAUUCUCUCGCAAAAUUGGUCGACUUAUCUGAAGGCGAGGUUGAAUUGCUCGAUACCCGGCGAAUUUCCAUUCUACUUCAACGAAAUACAGAGUAUUUACAAGGUGCCAGGCGAUGACACUCACUUUUACGGUACUUUUACCACGUCGACGAACGGAUUGAUGGGCUCGGCGAUUUGCUCGUUCCAUAUCGACGCGAUUCAAGAGGCGUUCCGUGGAAAAUUCAAAGAACAGGCGACGAGCAGCAGCGCCUGGCUUCCGGUGCUCUCCAACAAAGUUCCUGAACCGCGGCCCGGUCAAUGUGUGAACGACACCGAAACGUUCCCGGACACGGUCCUCAACUUCAUUCGAUCCCAUCCCCUCAUGGAUUCGGCGAUAUCGCACGAGAAUGAAAAACCCGUCUUUUACAAACGAGACGUGAUGCUCACACGAUUGGUCGUGGAUAAACUGCGUAUCGAUUUCGUCGGCCUCGAUUUGGAUUACACGGUCUAUUAUGCUGGAUCAAGUGAUGGACGCGUGCACAAAGUUGUUCAAUGGAUAGACAAUAACGGGGAGUCCCAAUCUAUCCUGUUGGACGUUUUUGACGUGACACCAGGUGAGCCGAUCCAGGCGAUGGAAAUCUCGAAGGAGCACAAGGCUCUUUACGUAGCCUCCGACCAUCGAAUAAAACAGAUCGACUUGGUGAUGUGCACACGAAGAUACGACAAUUGUCUUCGUUGCGUUCACGAUCCUUACUGCGGAUGGGACAAGGACACGAACACGUGUAAACCUUACGAGCCUGGACUCCUUCAAGACGUGUCGAACAGCACAGCGGACGUUUGCGACAGUAGCGUGGGCAAACGGAAGCUGGUAGUCACUUGGGGCCAGUCGGUGCAUCUCGGUUGCUUCGUGAAGAUGCCGGAAGUGCUGGCGAAUCAGGAAGUCAGGUGGUACCACUACAGCAAGGAGAAAGGCAGGUAUCAGAUAGCUUACAAGUACGGUGCCGGAGGGGACAAGUUCAUCGAGACGUCCGAGAAGGGCCUGGUGAUCGUUGGCGUGAACGAACAAGACGCCGGAAGAUACGAUUGUUGGCUAGGUGGUUCGCUACUGUGCUCUUACAACAUCACCGUGGACGCGCAUAGGUGCUCGGCGCCGGCAAAGUCUAACGACUAUCAGAAGAUAUACUCGGAUUGGUGCCACGAGUUCGAGAAAUACAAGUCGGCGAUGAAGAGUUGGGAGAGGAAGCAAGCGCAAUGCGCAUCGAGGCAAAACGACAGCAAUCAAAAUCUCCACACAAACGAGGUGUACGGCACCCCCUUGGUCUGAUGGAGCCGAUCGUUGGAGCCCUCUUCGAGCCGAGAUCCGGACACACUGCCACGCACGAGCGUCCUGCCGAGGAAUCGCGGUCCAUCCACGAUCAGUUGGGCGAGCCUCACUCUCCUUCUGACCGGUUACACCACUGCCUUCGUACUUUUUGCCGCUGGGACGAUUUUUCGCCCCAAUGAAAUGUCGUAAAGAAGACAAAAAAAAAAAAAAAAAAGAAAAAAAAGAAAAAAAGAAAAAAAAAAAGAAAAUCAAGCAGUCGAACGUCCGAAAACAGCUCGAUCACCGCGACGUCCAUCCUCGAUCGGUUGGACGAGCCUCGUUCCAACUGUCCCCUCACCUGGAACGUUUCUUUCGAUGGACACUCAUCCCCCAUUUCGACCCAAUCGAACCGGAUUACCCGAGAAUACUCAACAGAGAUUACUCGCAAUCUGAAUUCCGUCAGUGCAACGAGGUUGUUUUGUUUUGAAAACGCGCGGUAUUCAUCGAAAACCCAUUAUUAAUUACGCCGUGAAUCGCGUGUAACGCACGCAUUCAAGGCCGAACAUACCUAGAUAAAAUCCGUUUUUCCGUUUUUCU